AUGCGUGUCUGCAUACGUGCGCCGUCGGCGGUGCGGAGUGCACACGCGCGCCUCGCAUCGCCGAUGCACGGCGUAGUCGCAGCGACACGCGCUCAUUCCACGACGCGCACGAACGACGCGCCGGCCACCGAGGGCCGGCAGCAGUUCAGUCCGUUCUCGUCGCAGCUGCCGCAUACGCACCUGCCCACGCCCCUGCCGAUGGAUGUGCGCGAUCGGCAGUCGACGCUGCGGCGGCGCAUGCAAAAAGACGGCUCGUUCAACAGCGAAGAGGCCGCCGUUGCGGCCAUGUCGAACCUUGAUGAGUCGUUCUACCCCACGACGCGCGCCAUCGAGAGCCUCGCGCUGCUGCAGGCGUGUCUCUCGACAGGACUCUUGUCGCGCGCACACAAGCUCAUGGGCGACCUGCGCGUCGACGCGCACCGUCGCCUCCAGGAGAUGCACAACGCCCGCGCUGCGACCGACGUCGAGAGCGAAUUCGCGUAUGCAUCGCCGCUCCCGCUGUGGGCCUACAACUCGGUGCUGCACGCGUACCUGACCAAGGCUAUGCAGACCGAGGACGAAAACGAGACGGCGGUGUGGACGUCGCGUGCCUGGGAGCUCUGGCACGGCAUGAUGGACCGUGCCGAACCGCAGCUCGAUCCGCGGCCGGACGCCGCGACGAUCGCGACGAUGGCGCUCGGCGUCGUGCGUCUUGAGCAGCUUAACCGAUACCCGUCCGGCGACCCUGGCGUCGCCGUGCUGCUCAAGGCGGCGCGGUCGCUGUCGCUGUCCCUUGAUGCGAUCUUUUCUUCGUCGGUGCUGCAGGCCGGCACGUCGGCAGACGGCGAGGCACACGAAGAAGAUCCGGCGCCGGAUGCCAACGACGCGUCUCUUUUUGUGCAGCCGAGCGUCGAUGCCGAGACGCUCCUGACGCACUUCCGCAAGGCCGCGUCGGACAUCGGCGACAAAAACGCCCUGCACGAGCUCGAGCAGGUCGCGCAUAUCCUCCUCCGGGCUGAGAGCCGCGAGGAGGCGGCGGCGCACAAGUCGCAGACCGAUCCGCUGGAAGGCGUUGCGCAGAUCCGGCCGGUCGUGAAAAAAGGCGACGACGGCGAGUACAAGCCGUUUAAUCUCCAGACCCUGCAGGAGAGUCUCGCGAUUAUGAGCGAUGCGCGCAUGCGCGUGCCGGACCUGUACGAGCGCCAGCGGUGGCUCGAGCACUCGGCGCUCGACGCGGCCCGCAAGCGUCUGCAGCACGACUCGGCGAAACUCGAGGAGCUCGGCCUGAAUUCGGGCGCGCUGCAGUCCAAGACGCUCCAGGCGUGGAUGUGGGAGUGGUACCAAAAGCUCGAGGUCGCCCUGACCAAGGACCUGCAAGCGCUGCACAAGCAGACCGAGGCGGGCGACACGUCGUCGAUGGAGGCGCAGCUCUACCCUUUCCUGAGCCUGCUCCCCCCGUCGAAGCUCGCGAUGAUUGUCGUGCUGGAGCUGAUGCGCAUGCAAGGCAUUGGCGGCGUCGCGGACGGCAUCAAGACCACGCGUGCGCUCCUCCAGGUCGGCAAGGCGAUCGAAGCCGAGUACCAUGCGACGGUCAUCAACAAGCACCCUGAAAUCUUCAUCCAGGCCCGCACUGCGCAGAGCCUGCUGAAAGACCGCAACCUGAUCAACCUCGCAAUGCGCCGCGACCUCAAGGCGUGGCAGGAGCGCUGCGACGAGGACUCGCUCGAGGCCAACGUGCCCAAGUGGACGCAGAUCGUGCGUGCGCGCGUCGGCUCGUACAUGGUGCGCCAUCUGAUGGAGGUCGCGACCGUGCACCGCCAGGCGCGCGACCGUGACGGCGAGCUGUGGGAGGAGGAGCAGCCGGCGUUCUACUCGACGUACCAGUACAUUGCGGGCAAGAAGCUGGGCGUGAUUCGCCUGAACGAGGUCGUGAGUCGCCGCCUCGACAAGGAGUCGGUGAAAGAGACGCUGCAUCCUCGGCACCUGCCGAUGCUCGUGCCCCCCAAGCCAUGGCUUACCCACGACUCGGGCGGCUACUUUUCGGUAAAGACGAGUGCGAUGCGGUACAAGGACAGCAUCGAGCAGAGCUCGUACCUGCGUGCCGCGUCGGAAAACAACGGCCUCGAGGUCGUGCUUGCGGGUCUCGACGUGCUGGGCAACACCGCGUGGAACAUUAACCGCGAGGUCUUUGACGUGGUCGUCGAGGUGUGGAACGCCGGCGAGCCGCUCGCGGAUCUGCCGCCCGCCGAGACGAACGACCCCGAGCCCGAGCGCCCCCCGCCGGACGAUAUCAAGGCCAAGGGUAUUUAUCUGCAGCGCCUGCGCCAGUGGAACGCGAACCGCGCGUCGAACCACUCGCAGCGCUGCGACAUCAACUACAAGCUCGAGAUCGCGCGCAGCUUCCUUGGUGAGCGCUUCUACUUCCCCCACAAUAUGGACUUCCGUGGCCGUGCCUACCCCAUUCCGCCGCAUCUGAACCACAUCGGCAACGACCUGUGCCGUGGCCUGCUCAAGUUUGCGGAUGCCAAGCCGCUCGGCGCGGUCGGUCUGCGCUGGCUGCGCAUCCACCUGGCCAACGUCUUUGGCUACGACAAGGCGUCGUUUGCGGAGCGCGAGCAGUUUGCGAUCGAGCACGAGCGCGAGCUGCGCGACUCGGCGACCAACGCACUCAACGGCGAGCGCUGGUGGCUCCAGGCGGACGACCCGUGGCAGUGCCUUGCGACGUGCAUUGAGCUGACCAAGGCACUCGACCACCCCGAAGGGCCGGAGCAGUUCCCGUCGCAGCUCCCGGUGCACCAGGACGGCACCUGCAAUGGUCUGCAGCACUAUGCGGCGCUCGGCGGCGACCUGCACGGCGCCAAGCAGGUGAACUUGUCGGAAGGUGAGCGCCCGUCGGACGUGUACAGCGGUGUGGCGGACAUGGUCAUUGCGCAGCUCAACGACCGCGCGGCCGAAGGCGACGAGCACGCCCAGCUGCUUAUCGGCAAGGUCACGCGCAAGGUCGUGAAGCAGACGGUGAUGACCACGGUGUACGGCGUGACGUUUGUCGGCGCCAAGAACCAAGUCAUGCGCCAGCUGGUGGACCGUGGCGAUAUCCCCGCCGAGAUGCUCUGGAGCACUGCGUCGUACCUGGCCAAGUGCAUCAUGGGCUGUAUCGGCGACCUGUUCUCAGGAGCGAACCUCAUCCAGGAGUGGCUCUCGGUGACUGCGCGCCUGAUUGCCAAGAGCAUCCCCCCCGAGCGCCUCGAGUCGUCUACGCAGACCUACCAGCCGCGGACGACGUCCAAGGCGGCGAGCACCGUGCCGGUGUCGCGCAUCGGCAAGGAGCAGAUGACCUCGGUCAUUUGGACCACUGCGCUCGGCCUGCCGAUCGUGCAGCCGUACCGCAAGGUCAAAAAGCACCAGAUCGCGACCGCGAUGCAGUCCGUCUUUAUCCGCGAUCCCAACCAAAACUUUGAGGUGAACCCCAGCAAGCAGUCGAGCGCGUUCCCGCCCAACUUUAUCCACUCGCUCGACGCGACGCACAUGAUCCUCACCGCGCUCGAGUGCCAGUCUGCGGGCCUUGUCUUUGCGAGUGUGCACGACUCGUACUGGACGCACGCCUGCGACAUCGAGACGAUGAGCGACGUGAUCCGCGACACGUUUGUGCGCUUGCACUCGCAGGACAUUCUCGUGCGCCUGCGCAACGAGUUCCUCGAGCGGUACAAAGGCUACCGCAUCCCGGCCUCGUCGCUCACCAAGGCCUCGAUGCUGCGCUCCGAGCGCGAGCUCCACGAAGCGCAAGAGGCCGAGGAGGAGGCCGAAGACGCCGACGACGAGCCCAAACCGCGUCGCCGGCGUGCGAAUGGGUCGGUGGAGAACAAGUUUUACGAUCUCGCCGAGGUUCUUCCCGCCAUUCCCGAAAAGGGCAACUUUGAUGUGAACGAAAUCAAGCGCUCCCUGUACUUCUUCAGCUAG